CCCUGACCAGGGAUUGCACCCGGGCCCCCUGCACUGAGAGCACAGAGCCUUAACCAUUGUGCAACCAGGGAAGUCCCUGAGUGCUCCUUCAAUGGCCCUCUUCUUAGGGAACAGAAGGAAGCAUCUUCUUAAGCCUGUCUUGUUGGGUAACGUCACUCUGCAGAGAAAACUCUGGUAGUUUUCUCCAUUGUGGUCAGUUUUCAGGAAACUUUUGUGUUACUAACAUUAUCUUUUAUUUUGCUCAUAGAAGUGCCUGUGUGAUCUUAUUUAAAAGUCAUAACGUACUCCAGAAAAGGGAACUGUUACGCCCAUUUCUGAAUUUGUGGCAGUUACUGUUAUCGCUAGCUUAAAAAUACACAGUCAUGCGAAAUGGAUCGGUGCACACGCACAUACACACACAAAUAUACUGAAGUAUAAGGUCAGAUACCCCACGUUAUUUAUAAUCUCGAAUAACUAAUGAGUGUGUAUGCACCUAUUUUGAUACUUAGUAAGGGUAGGUAGGCAAAUGACCAAGAGUUAAAGGUCACCUUUUGCUGUUUUCUGCUUGUUGCAUUUUAUGGGAAACGAAGAUUGUCUAUUUCAGUUCUCUGUCCUCAUCCCUGACCUCUUCCACUUUUGGAAAUGACACAUCUGUGGCGCCUGGGUAAUUUUGUAAAAUUAUUGCUUUUGCAAGGGAGAAAUUUAUAAUAUUAGUAUGUGUCAUAAAAAGGGGAAACUUUCUUGUAUGACUGGCUUGAUUGAAAGAGUUGUCCAGGUAGAGAGAGAGAGAAACAGCAGUGGGACAUGUUUUAAAGUGUAUUGAGAGUGAAAUUGUCAUUAAUAUUUUUAUGGUUAAUUUAUUAUGCUGCACAACACGUUGGUUUAGCUAGUAAGUAGGGAAGGCUUUUGGACUGAGGGCACAUUUUACCUUAAACCAACUUCAGAGUCAUCUUUGAUGAUUCAUACAAACAUUACGUUUUACUUUGUUGUGACGUUUGUUUUGGGUGACUUGGUCUCCUUAAUGUUUGAAGAAUAGACAGACUUAGAUAAAGUCAUUUAAGACUUCCAUUCUCCCUUUGCACACAGAGGACGUUUUAGACGUGUUAGGUCUUUAGGGAAGAGCGUACAUUACUAGCUUUGUGACCUUGAACCCAUUAUAUAACCCCUUUGAGCCUUACUCCUCAUGUGGGGCUAAGGUGGGGAUGAUCUAUCUGUCACAGUUACUGUGAAUACAUGUAUAUUUUGUUUAAAGUAAAAUCCAAACUCUUUACCAUCGACCACAAGACUUCUGCCUGGUUCUUCAGCACACUUUGAACAACCCUCUCUCCGCCUUAGCACAAAGGUGUGGUCUAGCCUUUCUGUUCCUCAACAUUCCAAGCUGCGUCUGGCUUCCUCCCCUUUGACAGUUUUCCUAGACUGCUCUUCAGUGGUGCCCCCUGUGGUUGGUUCAUUCUCAGGGUCACCCUCUCAGAGAAGCCUUCUCUGACCACCCUUCCUUCCAGCUCCUUCAGUAAUCCCAUUUUAUCAAUUCGUCUGUUUCUGAUAUAAUGUUCAUUACUAAGUUCCUUGUGGAGGGCGUGGGCUGUGGUCUUCCUCCUUUGUCUCCCUCACACAUGGCAUGGAGCCUGGCCACUGAGUGGGGACAUGGUGUACAGAAAGCACUUGUAGCUUUUACACGUUUGUCUGCCUGUUAAAGGCAGAGAUGUGCUGGCUGGAUCUUAGACAUCUGUUGGGUUUUUUGUGUUUUUUAUUUAUCCCUGGCUGAGUUGAUCUGCUCAACUGAAUAAAUCAUAGCACUGAUAAGGCCAACGUUCUUGACACUACAUGGCCCCAAAUCCCCACACAGGGAGGACUACAUCUUCUUGUAGAACCGCGAUGUGUGUCUGAGUUCACUCACAUGCCCCACUGGCUGGUCGUGAAGAUGCACAGGCCUCUUGUCGCUUCUGGAAGCACAGUUAACUGGAGUGUGAGGAGAGUAACGGCCCCAGAGCACAUUUCCCUUGAUGCUGCCUUACAGAGCUUAGCAAGGUAAAGCUUCAGUUGUCUGGAACCUCGGGCAUCCUCAGAAUUAAGCAGGAAGGAAGAACUCGUUAGGAAUUAGACAAGCCAGAGACCUGGGUGACUGACUGCAGCUGGUGAAGGCAGUCUCUCAUAGGGUUGCAGAUCGAAGUUUGCAUUUCAACACUGUGAUUUUAUAGGGUAGGUUUUUAAAAUAAAAUCAAAGUCUUAUUUGUCUUAUCUGUAAAAUAAUCAUGGUGCCUUCCUCAACAUUGGUGUAAUAAUUGAGAUAAUGCAUGUAAGUGUAUGAGUUCGGUGCCUGGCAUAUAACAGGUGCUAACAGUAAUAAUUAGUUUAAAACGUACUGUGAUUAGUUAAAAGGAGUAUUCUGGUUAAUCAGCAAUAUCUGCAUAAGACUUGGUUUUUCUUGUUGAGGAAGCCCCAUGUGGGGAGUCGGUGUGAGACCAAAGAGAUGAGAAAAAUGGAAGUAAAAGAGGAAGGAGAGUGGGAGUCUACAGAAGUAUUACUGGUGCAGCUACUAGAAUUGUGAGGGCUACACAUGGGUGCAGUGUAAGCAGCGGUGGGUUGACUGGCUCUGGGUCACUGCGGUCAGUUGGUGGGAAACCUAGAACAGAAAGGUACUGCAUGUGGCCACCUGCAAGGCCCUGGGCGCUUGUUCUCCUACUGAUUGUUUUAAUAUUGUCUUAUCACUCUCAGCAGCCAUCACACUGAAAUUUUUUCUUAAAAUUAUUAAAAGGGCAUCACACUUGGAGACUAUGUUUGGGGAGCGGUGGCUAUCCCAUUGUCCUUGGGAGCCGACUCUUGAGUAGUAGAGAAGAAGGAAAGAAGAAAACACCACAUCUCUCUGAAGGCCUGGGAGACGAAGUUUCCUGAGCAUCAGUAAACCCUGCAAGCGUCACUAUGCCGUCCUGAAAUCUUCCAACAGAAAAUGGCUCCAAAGGGUAAAUGAAGCGGGAAAAAUACAUAGAUGCAGCAUUGCGUGCAGCCUCUCCAGAUGUUCGAGGAUAAUAUUCCAGAGAGCAGUUGAUUCCCUUGGAUUAGGUAACUAGUCAGAAUGAAGAAGAUUAGUCUUAAAACCUUCCGGAAAUCUUUCAACUUGAAUAAAAGUAAAGAAGAAGCGGAUUUUAUGGUUGUACAACAACCGUCACUAGCCAGUGACUUUGGAAAAGAGGAUUCCUUAUUUGGUAGCUGCUAUGGGAAAGAUAUAGCCAGCUGUGAUCUCAACAGUGAAGAUGAAAAAGGCGGAAAGAGUAGAUCAAAAAGUGAAAGCCUAAUGGGUACGUUGAAAAGACGGCUGUCUGCGAAACAGAAGCCGAAGGGCAAGGGCGGCGCGCCCUCCGGGGGCUCCGCGGACGAGGACACCUUCUCCUCCUCCUCGGCCCCCAUCGUCUUCAAGGACGUGAGGGCGCAGAGGCCCAUGAGGUCCACCUCGCUGCGCAGCCACCACUACAGCCCCACGCCGUGGCCCCUGCGCCCCACCGCGUCGGAGGAGACGUGCAUCAAGAUGGAGGUGAGGGUCAAGGCCCUGGUCCACUCGCCUGGCCCGGGCCCGGCCCUGAACGGCGUGCGCAAGGACUUCCACGACCUCCAGGCCGACACCGCGUGCCAAGAACAGACGAACUCGCUCAAGAGUUCUGAGUCUCAGGAUGGGGACCUGCAUCUCCACCUGGAAGAACAUGUGCCUGUCGUUAUCGGACUCGUGCCUCAGGACUACAUUCAGUACACUGUGCCUUUGGAGGAGGGGAUGUACCCUCUGGAAGGACCGCGCGGCUAUUGUCUGGACGGCUCCUCCCCCAUGGAAGUCUCCGCGGUCCCUCCUCCAGUGGGAGGGGGCUCCUUCCCCGAAGACGAGAAUCAGGUAGACCCAGACCUCGUGGUGGCCCCAGAGAUCUUCGUGGACCAGUCGGUGAACGGCUUGCUGAUCGGCACCACGGGAGUCGUGCUGCAGAGCCCGAGGGCGAGUCCCGACGACGCCCCGCCACUCUCACCGUUGCUACCUCCCCUGCAGACGAAUCAGAUCCAAAGGAACUUCGGCGGGCUCGCCGGCUCCGACGCCCACGUGGCCGAAAGUAUGCGCUGUCACUUGAAUUUCGAUCCUAACUCUGCCCCCGGGGUUGCCAGAGUUUAUGACUCAGUGCAGAGUAGUGGUCCCAUGGUCGUGACAAGCCUUACGGAGGAGCUGAAGAAACUUGCGAAACAGGGAUGGUACUGGGGCCCCAUCACUCGCUGGGAGGCAGAAGGGAAGCUGGCCAACGUGCCGGAUGGCUCUUUCCUCGUUCGGGACAGUUCUGACGACCGCUACCUUUUAAGCUUGAGCUUCCGCUCGCACGGCAAGACCCUUCACACUAGAAUCGAACAUUCAAAUGGUAGGUUUAGCUUUUAUGAACAGCCGGACGUGGAAGGACACACGUCUAUCGUGGACCUGAUCGAGCACUCAGUCAGGGACUCCGAGAACGGGGCCUUCUGUUACUCCCGGUCUCGCCUGCCGGGCUCGGCCACCUACCCCGUCAGGCUGACCAACCCCGUGUCGCGCUUCAUGCAGGUGCGCUCCCUGCAGUACCUGUGCCGGUUCGUCAUCCGUCAGUACACCAGAAUAGACCUGAUUCAGAAGCUGCCUCUGCCAAACAAAAUGAAGGAUUAUUUACAGGAGAAGCACUACUGAGAGGCUCUGAGAACCCUGCGUCUUGCACUUGGGGAGGAAGGAAAAGAGAUUGGAAUACAGUUUACAGACUUUCCAUUGCUAUCAAAAUCUUUUGCUGCCAUACUGUUUCAGUUUUAUGUGUAAAAGAGUAACCAGUUCGUUUAGGGGUGGGCAAGUGUCGGCAAGGUGUCUUGGGUUUACUUUGGUUCUUUAAAAAGGGAAGUCUUGAGCUUUUAGAAGAGUAAACUAUCUUCCAUCAGUGUGCAGAAUAAUCACAAUGUGAAUUAAUCAGAUUCUCCUUACCCACCCCGCCCCCAGUCCUUUGCUGCUAUCCACUGUGAUUUUUAUGCAUUAAAAGCACAUUUCAUGUGUAUUCAAUACUAAGUAAAGUUAAAUGAAACUUAUAGAAUGAACAUUGUUAUGUCUCUUUCAAUGGCCCGUUUUCAAAGAUAGUGUUGAGUAAACAUAGCCGUGUGAUAAGUCACAGAGGUCACACCUACACUGAAAAUGAUUUUUAAUUUCAUACUUCAGAAGGAUUUAUUUAGAAUUAUGAACUGACAUAAUCUUGGGUAAUGGAACAGAGAUCUGCUACAUAUCUUUUACAACAUUCAGUUCUAAAUUAUUUUAAGGUUGUGCUGUUAUGUUGGUUGUGAGAAGUUGGACUUUUCUGUUGCCUUCAUUUUCAUCUUGUGGUUUGUCUGUUUUAAUAAAUGGCCUUACAGAAUUGUAAAGAAAUGUAUACCACCAAUUUAGAAAUUGUUGCCUUUUCUGUCAUUAAACUCUGGUACAAAUUGGCGUAACAUAUAAAGACCUAAUGGAACUAGAACUAUUAAAGAAAUACUAGAUGAUCAUAGUUUCCGGUGUUAAGCAGUUUUAUUGUUAUCUAUACUUUCCUUUGGUAAAAUGUUUUAUCUGUGAUUUCUUUAGCUUAGUCAACAUUUUCUUGGGUGAACUUGAUGUAGAAAUGAUUUUCAUAAAUGGACUAGAUCCUCUUGCAACAUAAAGUUUAUAUAAAGUUUUAAAUUGAUUUGAAUAGAAAGAAAACACUGUUUUAAAGUUGGGUUUAUAUUUUUCUUUUAUGCAGUCACUAUUGAGAUGUGCUAGAUUUGACCCUUCCUUCCCCCCCACCAAAAAAACAAAAACAAAAAACCAAAAAAACCCAGUGACUUGAGUUGACAAACUGUGGAGAUUGUGGAGCACCAUGUAAGAACAAUAUUAAAACCCAAUCAGGUGUAUGGAAGUGUUUGCCUACCGUAUAUACUGACCUUUAAAAAUAGGUUUUCUAUUUGUUUCUUUUUAAGUCCUUAGUAAAUUGACAUCAUUAGUCUUUUCAUCUCUUCUGAGUCAGUCCUUUGGGCGGGGGUGGAGUAUGUUACCUCCAAUACUUUUUAUUUUGAAAUGCAGUGUUUAUUUACUGCAUGAUUCUUUAGUGUUUCGGAAUUGCUCCAUCCAGAAGAUGUUUCUAGCUACAUAACUUUAAAGGAAAUGUUUCCCUCUCAGACGAAGCAUGUAAUUUAAGAUAUUUCUUCCUUUGUCCCUCGGUUUUCCUAUCUCUUACCCCCAUUUAAAAACAAGAGUAAAGGUCUCAGAUCAAAUGUAAUAGCGUUGUCAUUCAGACAUAAACAGUAUCCCCAUUUUUUUCUCUCUUUGUUUUUUAGAGUCAACUGAGAAUUACCAAGAAAAGGCACAAUGCCAUAGUAUCUGUUACGAUAUUUUGACUUAAAGGGGAAAAGGUACUUAAUUUUGGUGGAAUGUUUGAUUGUACCUUGUGACAAAGACUCCUCUUUCAUUUUCUGAUAUGUUUUCACCUAAUAAGAUGGAAUAUGGAGUAUACUGUAAUAAUAUAAUUUAAGUGUUCAUUGUAAGCUAUUUGGAUUAAGAACUAUUACAGAGUUGUAAACUUAUCAAAUUAAUGCAAGACAUUUAAACUAUUUUUUUGCAAAACUAUUUAUUUUUAAACAAUUUAAAAUAUAUCUAGGGUGAGUUAAAAGUCCCUGUGCAUCUAUAUUAGAUGGCAGGUAUUGUCACAGAGUCACUGUGUAUUAAUAAUAAAUGUUGAGAUGGCUUCUCCAUGUUUCUAGAAGCAUUUACAUGUACUCUUUGUGAGAUCAUGGUGCACAGAGGUCUUUGGACUGCCCUGAACCCCAUCUUAAUGUGGGCGUAGCCUGUUCCCCACGCCUUCCUCAUGAUACCAUGUGUUUAAGAUCUAGCCAUUUGGUUUCAAGUUAAGAUCAUUCUGAUUUCCAUAUAAAUGGUUUUAAAAUUGUAUUUUGUGUUUUUAUGGAGGGCAAGUCUUGAUACUGUUCUAAUUCAGAAAGCCAAUCUUUAAUGUGCUUUUUUAUGUUCAUAAUAUAAAAUACUUUUAAGUAAAAUGCCCUAUUCUAAUCCAAUUUCAAAUUGCUGGGGUCUGAUAGUGUAUCAGUAAAAAUAAAAAUAUUUGCCAAGAAGUUAUUUACAGAGAAAGGAGUGUUGCAAUAUUUUCUGCUUUUGUUUAAAGAGAACCAUUUGGCAUAUAGGCAGUACAACAUAAUGUGAAAGACUGGCUUUGUAGGGUAGUAAAACAGGCUGGUUAAAAUUGGAAAGGGGAAAAAGAGAAAUCAUCCUGUAGUUUUGUCUAGGUAGCAUUUGGGUGAAUUUCUGGAUUCUGUUGAAUGGUAGCGUAGAUGACAUGGGCACUACCUGUAAGUCAUUUCUUAAAUAUGUGUUUCUGAAAAUCUGAGCUCAAGGCAAGAAAAAGAAGACAAGAAAGCUGUAUCUUUCUGCCAUAAUAAAUGAAUCAGAGUUGCUUUUUAUCAAAUAUCUCGUCACAGAAACAUGAUGGAGGCCAGAAGCUAUUUCCAGUGUUACUAGGACACUAUUAUGCAAUUUUACAAAUAAUAAGAAAGCAUAGAAAGUACUUGAAAAAGUCUCUUUCUCUUUCUAAGGAAAACUGUUCUGUUUGGUGCAAUAAUGUGAAAAUUUUGGAAGGUCAAAAAAUAUCACAGGAAACGAUCAUAGAACUAAAAAUAGUUUUUAAGGAAACCAGCUACACAGGGCAACCAUCUUGCUGUUAAAGAAAAUCAUGUGCCAAGAGGCUAUAUCACUGGCAUA